CACCCCCCACCCGCCUGCGCCCGGGUGGUGCGUGCUGCUGCCCAACCCCUGUCCCCGCGUCUCUGCCUCUCUCUGAUCCUAUACCGGCUGCAGCCGGUCUCCGCCGGCCUCGGGGGCGCGCCGCCGCCGACCAUGUGCUGCGAGCGCCGCGGAGGAGGGGGCCUGCCUGGAGCGCGCGCGCCGGCCCACGUGUACCCGGCCCGCACCGGGCGCGCGCCCGCCCUGAGCCAAGCUGGGGGUCACGGAAGGAAACCUCACAGAAACAUGAAGCCCUCAGCCACCUGGAACUCAGAAACUCAUUGGGGACCGACGGCGGCUUCUGGAAGGUCCAGGUGUUCUGCAGAUGUGAGGUUGUGCCCCGCACUCAGCAGCUGGAGUCCCGACCAGAUGCGAGACUUGUGCUUCGGCUCUGACAUCCUGGGCACAGAGGGGUCACUUUCUAAUCGGCCAAAGCUGCACACAGCCAGUCAUCUUAGGGGAAAGCCACAUUUGGGGGUGCAGCUUUCCUGACUCUCUUGAGUUAGGAUUCUAGAUGGGGGCCUCAUUUCUGCAGCUCCCACCCUCCACGUAGGCACCACCACCACCACCAUCCCCACCAGCACGUGGGGCGGGCCUCAGCAUUCCCAUCUUUACAGUGAGGGUGUUGUAGUAUCUUCUUGCAAAACACCAACCUCCGGAGACUCCCUGCGUUGAGAGUGAGCAGAAGGGGACUCUCAGAGACGCCUCUCGUGGUGGCCCGCCGUCCUUCCAUAGAACCGGAACCCGCCCCUUCCCACCAUGGCCUGGCUUUUUCUAAAGGUUUUAUUGGUGGGGGUGAGUUUCUUGGGAUGUCUUUAUCCUCUUGUGGAUUUUUGCUUCAGUGGGGAAACAAGAGCCCAGAAACCAAAUUUCGUGAUCAUUUUGGCAGAUGACAUGGGGUGGGGUGACCUGGGAGCAAACUGGGCAGAAACAAAGGACACUGCCAACCUUGAUCAGAUGGCCGCCGAAGGAAUGAGGUUUGUGGAUUUCCACGCAGCUGCUUCCACCUGUUCACCCUCCCGGGCCGCCCUGCUCACCGGCCGGCUGGGCCUGCGCAACGGAGUCACACACAACUUUGCAGUCACCUCUGUGGGGGGCCUUCCGCUCAACGAGACCACCUUGGCCGAGGUGCUGCAGCAGGCCGGCUACGUCACCGGGAUGAUCGGCAAAUGGCACCUUGGGCAUCACAGCUCUUAUCACCCCAACUUCCGUGGGUUUGAUUACUACUUCGGAAUCCCAUACAGCCACGAUAUGGGCUGCACAGAUAGCCCCGGCUACAACCUCCCUCCUUGCCCGGCAUGCCCCCGGGGCGAGGGACCAUCAAGGAGCCCCGACAGGGACUGCUACACGGACGUGGCCCUUCCUCUGUAUGAGAACCUGCGCAUCGUGGAGCAGCCCGUGAACCUGAGCAGCCUCGCGCACAGGUACGCCGAGAAAGCCACCCAGUUCAUCCAGCGUGCCAGCGCCAGCGGGAGACCUUUCCUGCUCUACGUGGGCCUGGCCCACAUGCACGUGCCCCUAACCAGGACCCAGCUGUCGGCAGACCCACAGGGCCGCGCGCCAUACGCUGCAGGCCUCCGGGAGAUGGACGGCCUGGUGGGCCAGAUCAAAGACGGAGCUGACCGCACGGCAAAGGGAAAUACGUUCCUCUGGUUUACAGGAGACAACGGCCCGUGGGCUCAGAAAUGUGAGCUGGCAGGCAGCGUGGGUCCCUUCACCGGAUCGUGGCAAGUUCCUCGAGGGGGCAGUCCAGCCAAGCAGACCACCUGGGAAGGAGGGCACCGGGUCCCGGCGGUGGCGUACUGGCCCGGCAGAGUCCCCGGCAAUGUCACCAGCGCCGCCCUGUUAAGUGUGCUGGACAUCUUCCCCACCGUGGUGGCCCUGGCCGGUGCCAGCCUGCCCCGAGGCCGCCACUUCGACGGUCUGGAUGCCUCCGACGUGCUGUUUGGCGGGUCGCAGACUGGGCACAGGGUGCUGUUUCACCCCAACAGUGGGGCAGCGGGAGAGUACGGAGCCCUGCAGACUGUCCGCCUGGAGCGUUACAAGGCCUUCUACGUCACUGGAGGAGCCAGAGCCUGCGACGGGAGUGUGGGGCCUGCGGGGUCUCACGAGCCCCCCCUUAUUUUCAACCUGGAAGAUGACGUUACGGAAGCUGUGCCUCUGGACACAGGCAGUGCGGAGUACCAGCGCGUGCUGCCCCAGGUCAGGGAGGUUCUUGCCGACGUCCUGCACGACAUUGCUGGGGACAACGUCUCCAGAGCGGACUACACGCUGGACCCGGCGGCAGCUCCCUGCUGUGACCCCCACCAGACUGCCUGCCGCUGCCAGACGGCCUCCCAGCCCGUGUUCCCAGGAGCAGGAGCAGCAGGAAAUGAAACGGCAAGUGCACGUCCACCCUCUUUCUAGUGACGUACGCUUUGUAAGUCUCGGGAUUUAGGCGGGAAGCCACCACCUUGCAUCCCCCACUGUCCCGUCUGCAUGAUGGCUUGGGAGGUCGGCUGCCAAGAGCUGUAACGGGGACCCUACGGGCUCAGAGGCAGGCCAGGGUCAAGGCCCGGCUUUUGAACUUGAGCCAUGACCUACCCUGCCUUGCGAGCUGAUUUUGAGGAUUCGGUAAGGCAGUUCAUGAAAGUGCCAGGCAUAUUACCUGACACGUAAGGCAGGCACUUAAUUCGUUUUAGUCGUCUUUUUUUUUUUUAAUGCACCCAGUUUCACUCGUCAUUUUAGUAGAGAUUUGUGCCAACUGGUAUCUAGGCAACGCUUCUCCAUCUUUAACACGCAUACCAAUCACCGGGAGCUUGUGAAUGGACCGAUUCUGACCCGGGAGGCCUGGGUUGGGGCCUGACCACCUCCAUCUCUAGGCCACCCCUGGGGGUGCUUGGGUGGCGUGGAUGUUGACUAGACAACAUGAGCGGUUCCAGGUCUCCAAGCAGAAGAGCCCACAGAUCAGUCCAUGGCCCGACCCGCCACCCCGACCCCCUUUCAAGGUCAAAUGGCUGUUUCAAAGACUUGAGGAGUUCUUCCUGCUUCCUAAAACCAUGAAGAAAUAAAUUUUCAGAGCCUUAAAAAUGCAUUGCCAUGAUUUUAUUAUUAGUGUCCUAAAUGGGACUCAAAGGUAGUAUGUGAUUUAUUCCAAUCACUGCCAAAAAAAAAGUACUUCGCCUGGUUAAAAUAGUCUCUAUGUACGUAACAUACAAGAA